GUUAUUUCAUAGUUUUGAUGUCUUCACUAUUAUUCUACAAUGUAGAUAAUAGUAAAAAAACAUUAAGAAAAUGGCUUGUAGCCAUCCCGGAAGGGCGAGUAGCAGUGAUCAAGUGUUUUAGCAGCGCGAGUACUACAGUCAAUGUGUUGGUAGAACUUUGGUAGUGUUUUCCUCAUAUUUGCUUUGUUACAAUCCCCAGCUACAAUAAAUGUGGUCUCAGGAUAUGUGGUUUCCAGUUUGCACAAAGUCCAGUGUAGUUCUUUGAUGGCCAUCGUGGUAUCGGCUUGAGAGGGAAUAUACACAGCUGUGACUAAAACUGAAAAUAAUUAUCUUGGGAGGUAAUACAGUUGGAAUUUGAAUAUACACAGCUGUGACUAAAACUGAAAAUAAUUAUCUUGGGAGGUAAUACAGUUGGAAUUUGAUUGUGAGGUAUUCUAGGUCGGGUGAACUAAAGGACUUGAGUUUCAGUACGUUACCACAAUCAUACCUUGAGUAGUUCAUCGUAAAACAUACCCCACCGUGUUGUGGGUGUGUGUGUGUGUGUGUGUGUGUGUGUGUGUGUGUGUGUGUGUGUGUGUGUGUGUGUGUGUGUGUGUGUAUGCGUGAGUGCGUGUGUUCGAGACUUACACGAUGGCAUCAACACAGGGUGGCAUGGCAUUUUGGAUGUGGUAUCCUUGCAGUCUAAAUUUGAUGUGAGAGUCAGACACACUUGUGCAGCAACUUGUGGUUACCUUAGUUGGCCGACGAUCUGAUAGAUGAAAGGGAGUGAGAGAGAAAGGGAGACAGAGAAAGACAGAAAUAAAAUAUUUAGACAGGCAGCCCAAUUCUGUUCUUUUGUUUUUACUAAUUGGUAUUUUGACCAAUCAGAUCAGCUCUGAAAAAGCUCUGAUGUGAAAGAGAUCUGAUGUGAUUGGUCAAAAGACCAUUUAGUGAAAAAGAUUAAUGAGAAUGGGCUGCCUGUGUAAACACAGCCUCUGAUCUCUAAACUAACCAUAAACAUGGUGUGUUUAAGUUUGUAUUUAUUAUGGAUCCCCAUUAUCUCUUCCUGGGGUCCAGCUAAAUUAGGGCAAUUUAUACAAUUUAAAAAACAUUACAAUACAUUCACAAAAGGCAACCGGUGGCUAUUUGAAGAAUCUAAAAUCUAUUUUGAUUUGUUUCACACUUUUUUGGUGUAACGGCUGGUUUCCUCCUCUUCGUCUGAAGAGGAGGUGUAGCAGGGAUCGGACCAAGACGCAGAGUGGUAAGUGUCCAUGUUUUAAUAAUAUAAACUGAACACGACAACAAAUACAAAAUAACAAAAGUGAAACUAACCGAAACAGUCCCGUGUGGCACAAACACUGACACAGAAGACAAACACCCACAAACCAACAGUGAAAACAGGCAACCUAAAUAUGGUUCCCAAUCAGAGACAAUGCAAAACACCUGUAUCAGGCCAAUUGACAAAACCUAAACAUAGAAACACAUAACAUAGACUGCCCACCCCAACUCACGCCCUGACCAUACUAACUAAAGACAAAACAAAGGAAAAUAAAGGUCAGAACGUGACAUUUGGUUACGUCAUGAUUCCAUGUGUUAUUUCAUAGUUUUGAUGACUUCACUAUUAUUCUACAAUGUAGAAAAUAGUAAAAAUAAAGAAAAACCCUUGAAUGAGUAGGUGCUCUAAAACUUUUCACUGCUACUGUAUAAACUUUCUUUUUGGGGGGGAGGGGAAAAAACAUUUAGAGUACAGAUUAUUGUAUGGGACAAUAAACAACAUUUUUUGAGAAAGAUAAUUAGAAAAAUAAAAUAUUGAGUAAAUGUAUUUAUUUGUUUAUUUUCAUUUUGAUAAUAGAUGAAAAUUCACUGAAUUUAAGGUUAUUUGUUGAUGUAAAAAUACAUAUUUACUGAUUUUAAGGUUGCGCCAUUAAAUUUGUAGUGGGAUGGGGUCACAAGAAAUUAUUGGGGAAGAAAUUGGGUCCCCACUGAAAAAGUUUGAAUACCACUGAUGUAGAGGGUGGUAUAAAGGCAAUUCGUAAUCCAAUUCCAAAUUUGCCUUGAGGCCACAGGUAUGUGAUGCCGCAGUGAGACGCACUUCCAAAGCAACUACAGAACAGGGCAUCCAAAGCUUCGAUAGUGGGCAAACAAACAUUUAUUUUUCAAACAAAAGGUAAUUUCAUAGGCUUUAUUCCGGCGAUGAUCAACGUCAAAGCCAUCAGAGUUAAACUGUAGACAAAAGGUAGACUAGUAGCAGCUUUCUAAGUCUUGACGUAGAGUAGUGGUCAAAAAACUGUAAGUUAAGCCAUACCUGAGGCCUAGUAGACCCAUACUGACAAAAACUAAAUAGCUAAAGGGAAGGGGAACAUGGGGAAAAAGGGGUGUGCCCAGGAAAGGCUCCAUAAUGCUUUUAAAUAGCCAUGAUAACCAUGAUAGAAAAACCAAAAACAGGAGUUCAUCAAACAUACUCCAUAAUUCAUUAUGAAAUAUUUAUACUUACAUUCAAUAAUACUAUUAUUAUAAAUGGUGCAAAACAAUGAAUAUAGCACAAAUAAAGAAAAUGGGAAUUUAGGUCCAACAGGUGGCAAAAUAUUUUUAACAUUUGGCAAUGCACCAGGGCUGUAUUCAUUACUGCACACUGUAACAAAAUGUUUCGCAGCAGAAAAUGAUUUCCUGUAAGGACCUUUUAUAUGGUACACCGUUAUUAUACCAAUAUUGAUCAAUACUAAGAAAGAUAUGUACACACAGAGAUUUUGUAUCUGCAAAUGUUUUUUCUAUGGGGUUCGGAUAAGUUGAUGGAUAACAGAGAGGAGAGCUAUCUGUGAUAUUUCUGCAACUCUUCCCAUCGUUUUACGUACAUAAAACGUUGAAAUUCGAUUUUUUUGGGGACGAACCGCAUGGAUACAAAACAAAAAUGACAAAUGCAUAAAUGACAUCCAUCUCUACGUGGCUGCGAUUUAGUUGGAGUGAUUUGUGAGUCCCAAACCGUCAACUGUUUGUGUUUGGGUGCGAUUGCAUUAUACAGGGACAACACCGAUCGAGAGCCACUGUAAGCAAGUAGGACCCGUGUGUGUAAAUGUGUAUGUGUGUGUAAACCUUUUGUAACAGGGCAGAUGUGUCUGAACAGUAGAACUAAGGAGGAAACUGAUGAUAAUUCCUGAUGGUUAGACCAGCUGUCAGCGUGCCAACGGGGCUGUCUAACAGUAGCUAACAGGCAGGGUUUUGGGCCUCCCUCCUACAAAAUGGGGUUCUGGGAAGUGCUUAUGUGGCACCUUUGUCCUCCUUCCCCCUUCAUUAUUUCCUCUGUUUUUACAUGUUGCUCUCUGUCCUUCUCUCUGUCUCUCUCUCUUUCUCUCUCUGUCUGUCUGUCUCUCUCUCUCUCUCUCUUUCUCUCUCUGUCUGUCUGUCUCUCUCUCUGUCUCUCUAUCUCUCUCUCUCUUUCUCUCUCUGUCUGUCUGUCUCUCUCUCUUUCUCUCUCUGUCUCUCUCUCUGUCUCUCUCUCUGUCUCUCUCUGUCUCUCUGUCUGUCUGUCUCUCUGUCUCUCUCUAUCGCUCUGUAAUUACGUAGUCUCUGAUUGGUCAGGUGGCUGAGCUGACAGCAGCCAAUAGCAGCUCUGGUAGCAGUGCCCCCCCCCCGAUCCCCCAGGAAGGUGUGUGUGUGUGUUAAUGAUUAGGGGUCUGUUUAAAACCAGACGGAACCAUUUGUGGGGGCACAGUUUGUCAGUAGGGCCAGAGGGACAGGGUGCACCAGGAGACUCACACACACUUGAACAUCCAGCCUCUGAACCGAACCAGGCCAGGCGGCUUCGUCUGAUACAGCCGCUCCUCAAGAUCCAACAGAAAAUCAACUACACACAAUACAGGAGAGGCGGAUGCCAUGGCUGGUGGGAGGAGAGCAUCGUUCUCUGGUGUGCUCACUGUUGCUCUGCUAGCCACCAUACUGCUGCCUGAAUUCCUGUCGGCAGGGCCGGUGGUUCAGAUGCUCAAAGGAGAUGUAGGGGAUGCCACUGAGGAGACAGCGGUUGCCAUGGCGUCACCAAGGAGGCUUGUCCGUAACCGUAGAAACAUCAGCUGGUACAAGCAACACUCAGACUUCUGGAGCUGGUACAAAUACUUCACGGACAAUGGAAACACGGAGGCAGUCCAGGAGCUGGACAAGGUCUACCUGGCCUACCUCCAGAAUAAGAACCGCGCUGAGGGCCGUCGCUCCUACAAGGCCUACCUGGGUCACCUAGGGGACAUCUACAAGGCCUGCGCUGACUCAGAGGACCCAAACUGUGUGGCCUCUGCAACCAACCGGCCCAAACCUGAACCCAAGACCCCUCCCAAGCCCGUCCCCGCCCCUGUCAAGGCCUGUGACCCCUACAGGGACCCGUAUUGUCUCUAUGCCGCCCUGGCACGAGCCAAGAGCCAGCCCCCACCUUCCCCCGCUCCGGUCAAGGCCCCGGCCCCACUGUAUGCACGCUCCCCUGUGGCCGUUAAAGACCCUCAUUCUGGGCACUACUACUACUCCCCUGCCGUGCAGUCCUUCCUCUCCAAGGAGCAGAAGUCGGAGCUGCUGCGUAUCUGUUCAGCGGAGGACGUGGAGUGUCUCCAGUUUCACCUGAGAGCUGCUUUUGGCCACAAGCCCUCCGCUGGGCCCCUGCCCUCCUACGCCCACCUGGGCUGUGACCCGAAAGACCCCUCUUGUAAACCCCAGCUGGUCCAGAAAGGCCCCUCUGGCCUCUUCCUCCGUUACCCCAACUGUGACCCCAGAGACCCUCGCUGCGCCUACGCUGCAUCACUACAGGCACACCGUGCCCCCGCCCCCUACACCCCGACGGGUCCUGGUUCCUGCAACCCUCUGUUUGAGGAUGGCUGUAACCCUCUCACCGCCACAAAGUUUGCCACGGCACCGGAGAAGUUCAAGGAGGAACACAAAGACGAUCCCGCCGCAAUGCGCGCCGCGGCCCCUGAGCAACGCAGUGACCCAUUCACUAUGUACAGGGAUGCUUAUGCUAACGCUAAUGCUAACCGCCAAGCCAAUGCUCCCAGCGCUCCAUAUAGUGACCCAUAUGCCAUGUACCGCCAAGCCAGUGCUACCAGCGCUCCAGCUAGCGACCCAUAUGCCAUGUACCGCCAAGCUAUUGCUAACGCUCAAGCUAACGACCCAAACGGCAUGUACAAACAAGCUAAUGCUAACACUAAUACUAACGAUCCCUUUGCAAUGUUUCGUGAAGCCGCAACCUCCAUGCACAGACGUACCCACCCCUCCCCCCAGGGGCAGGCCCCCGUCCCACCUCCCCGCUAUGAGGAAGCCCCCAAGGAGGAUCGCCACCCGUUGGGCCCCCGAGGAAAGACCAAGGAGGGCUACGAAUGCUACAUUGGCUAUGACCAGGAGUGCUACCCAAUAACCCGCACAGAGCCGCGUUCCGGUGCCCACCGUAACACCGCCUACCCCGCCGAGCCCUACGAGCCACAUCUCAACGCUGAUGGAUCACGGAACGGAGUCAUGGAGCCUUCCGACCCCGACUGUGACCCGGAGUAUGACACCAACUGCCGCCUGCGCCGUUACCAAACCCAGGAGGAGCUGCUGCCAUACGCCAAUGCCCAGGCUGAACACCAUGGGGGGCCAGAGGCAGAGCCCAGCCAGGACCACAGUUACAGCCAGGGAGAGCCAGAGAGAGACAGCGAGGCAGAGUCAGAGCCAUACCAGAGUGGCCAGGAGGAGACCUACGGGGCUUAUCCCCCUCCCUCGCAGGGGCUGUCAUACGGGUCCUACCCCUCACCCCAGCGGGGAAUGCCCAGCUUCCAAGACAUGCUGAGAGGAUACGGAGACCAGUACCCUGAACAGGACGACCACAGAGCAUACGCUGCUGACUACAGCAAAAAAUAAGUAAACACACACACACACUGCAUACACGAAGACACACUACAUAUGCCAUAAAGACUACAACAACAAAAACGAACCAACACACCAGCUAAAAUGGGAGCAGAUGACGUGGGACACUAUUUAAUACAAAAUAAUAAUAGAAGACUGAAGUCUGACACACAUAUGUCAUGUACGCACGCGCGAACAGGCACGCGCGAACAGGCACACACACACGCAGUAAAGUGCUCUUAGCAGUAGGAGUUUCUCUCCACUAGAUGUUUUUAGAUGUUUUAUCUGGCAGUUUGUUAGCUUUUAUUGAUUGAUUGACAAUAAUUGACAAUUGAUUGAUCCCCUCCUUAUUUAAUAAAUUCUCGCAGCUUCGCUUCUGUAGCUACAAACCUCACAUGCUUUUUGUGUUUGUUUUGUUCAUGAUGUAUUAUGUAAAGUUUUUUUUCCACUUUGAAUGUUUUAAAUAAAAGCUUUGAAAAACGUG